AUGCUCCCAUAUCGCGGCCAGUGCCAGUACAAAGGAGGUCGGUGCCCCAACGAGCGCACUCUCAAACGCACGGGGGAGCCCCACACGUUGUGCGAGGUCCACCGGGUUCGACACAACAAAAUCCAAUGCAAAUCCGAUGCAAAAAUGCGCCAACUCAAGCGAGUCAUGGCCCAGCGCAAGCAAAAUGCACACCGUCACGUAUCCCGCCUACUACUCCCAACAGUUGUGCCUGCACCUGCAACAUUCACGACACCAGUCGAGCCCGUGGACCUUCUGUCAGACGAGAUCGUUGUCUUCAUGGGCAUGAUGGGGAUGCACUUCAGCAAGGGAGCUAACGAAGAGCACGUGGACGUGCCAAGUGUGGACCUUGUUGAGCUAUUGUGA